ACCACAUGCGAUCUUACAAAAUGGCAAUAACACUCGACUUGGAUGAAGUUUUGCGUUCUUUGGGCAAAUAUGGAAGAUUCCAAAUUCUCCAAUUCAUGUACAACCAAAUUUGUCUGUUACCCACGGUCUUUCCGGUCCUCAUUUUUGUGUUUAUAGGAACUAUCCCAGAUUUCCGUUGCCGAGACAUUUCCCUUAUUAUUUGGAACGGUAAAGAAAUUUCUACGAAUAGCAGUGACGUUGACAUAAACUAUCACAGAUGUGACGUCACUAUUCAAGUAAAUCAGUCAAACACUAUUGGGAAAUCUCAGCUGACGUGUAUCAAUGGCUACAAAUACGAAGGUCCAGAAACAGUUGCAACUGAGUGGAAUUUAGUUUGCAACAGAGAGGGUCUAGGUGCCAUGUCCACGACAAUGGUCAUGGUGGGUCAGAUGCUUGGGGCCAGUUUGUUUACACCUAUGGCUGACAAAUAUGGACGUAAAGUCUUGGUGUACACGACCUUCCUAUCAAUGACCAUUUGUACAAUACUUGGGGCAGUUGUUCCAUGGUUUCCAGUUUUUGUCAUCUUAAGAUUUUUAAUCGGAGCUUUUCAGAUGGGUUUUGGACUUACUGUUGCUGCCUUGUGCAUAGAACUUUUUCCAGCAGAAUGUAGAGGACCAAUGAUAUACAUUUGCUGCAUAGUUUGGUCUCUGGGCAUAUCGAGCAUCCCCUUACUGGCUUAUUUGUUGCGGAAUGAAUCUUGGCGCUACACCAUGUUAGCAGCCGGGCUUACGGGAUUCCAUUGCAUUGGAACACGGUGGAUAUUGGCUGAGUCACCACGUUGGCUUGUGGCAAAUAACAAGACAGAAGAAAUGAAGGCAUGGAUAAUUAGAGCUGCAAAAUGUAAUGGAAAGCAACCAUCAGCUAUUUUAGAAUUAAGUAACGUUAAUUCUACAUCAAAUGCCACCCAGUCGUUAACUGAAGGUGAAAAUGGUGGGGCGCAAAACUCAAAGCACCACGUCACCAACGAGACUUAUACUGUUUUUGAACUAUUCCGGAAAAGGCAUAUUUUGCUGACAUCCAUUAUUGUAUGGAUUGUAUGGUUUGUUAAUGCCUUGACAUACAAUGGUAUAUUUCUGACGUCUGGUACCAUGACCGGAAAUAGAUUCCUGAACUUUUUUAUAAAUGGCAUAAUAGAGAUACCAAGCUUGUUUGUUUGUAUGUUCAUGGCCAACAGGUAUGGUCGAAAGAAAACGUGUAUUGUGUUCCACGCCAUUGCAGGAAUCUCCCUUGUCCUAUCCGCCAUAUUGUUGAUAUUGAAAGAUAGAUCGUCACUUGUAGAUGGCUUUUCAGCAUUUUUUAACUUCAUGGGAAAAUUUGGAAUCAGUGGAUCCUUUGCAACCAUUUUCUUGUACACUCCCGAAAUUUAUCCAACUAACUUAAGAUCUGCUGGAUAUGGCAUGGCGUCUGCCUCAGCCAGGAUUGGCGGGAUGCUGUCCCCAUUCACCACAAUGUUUGCAGCGUGGAUCGAAUGGGGUCCAGGAGUUGUGUUUGGAAGUCUCUCCAUUGUUGUUUGUGUUCUGUUUCUAUGGUUACCGGAGACCAGUGGUCGAGAGUUGCCUACAAAUUUAGAUGAUCUUACAGAUUUCUAUGUUAUUAAGGUUAAACAACCCAAGAAGAAUAUCCUUCAUUACCUCGUGGAAAAGAAAAGGGGGAAACAGUACUACCUUGUCUUACAAUUGAAAAUAUGUACACAUAAACAAAGAGUAGUCAGUAGGGGAACAUCAGAUUUAAAAUAUAGAAUAUAAUUUAUAUGCUACAAAAAAGACGGACGAGGAGGUAAAAGCACGACAUA